UGGGGCUGCAGCCGCCUUCGCCGCCGCUGCCUGUUGAGCAAAGUUGACCAAAGGAGAUGGCUCAGCAGACCUCAAGCCCAGACACCUUGGCUGUACCUGAAGUGGAUAAUACGCACUGUGCAAAUCCGUGGCUGAAUGAGGAUCUCGUGAAGUCCCUCAGGGAAAACCUGUUGCAGCACGAAAAGUCCAAGGUGUCCAGGAAGUCAGUGUCUCCCAAGCUGUCUCCAGUGAUUUCUCCUAGGAAUUCUCCCAGGCUCUUACGCAGGAUGCUUCUGAAUAGCAACAUACCCAAACAACGCCGUUUCACCGUGGCACAUACUUGUUUCGACGUGGACAAUGGCACAUCUUCGGGACGGAGUCCCUUGGAUCCCAUGACAAGCCCAGGAUCAGGGCUAAUUCUCCAGGCUAAUUUUGUCCACAGCCAACGCCGGGAGUCCUUCCUGUAUCGGUCAGACAGUGACUAUGACCUCUCUCCAAAGUCCAUGUCAAGGAACUCCUCCAUUGCCAGUGAUAUACAUGGAGAUGACUUGAUCGUGACUCCAUUUGCUCAGGUCCUGGCCAGCCUGCGUACUGUACGGAAUAACUUUGCUGCAUUAACCAAUUUACAAGACCGAGCACCUAGCAAAAGAUCACCCAUGUGCAACCAACCAUCCAUCAACAAAGCAACUAUAACAGAGGAGGCUUACCAGAAACUGGCCAGCGAGACCCUGGAGGAGCUGGACUGGUGCCUGGACCAGCUAGAGACCCUGCAGACCAGGCAUUCCGUCAGUGAAAUGGCCUCAAACAAGUUUAAGAGAAUGCUCAACCGGGAGCUUACCCACCUUUCUGAAAUGAGCCGAUCUGGAAAUCAAGUCUCCGAAUAUAUCUCAAAUACAUUUUUAGACAAGCAACAUGAAGUAGAGAUUCCUUCUCCCACCCAGAAGGAGAAAGAGAAGAAGAAAAGGCCGAUGUCCCAGAUCAGUGGCGUCAAGAAGCUGAUGCACAGUUCCAGUUUAACAAAUUCCAGUAUCCCACGAUUUGGAGUGAAAACUGAUCAAGAAGAUGGACUUGCCAAGGAAUUAGAAGACGUGAACAAAUGGGGUCUUCAUGUUUUCAAAAUAGCAGAAUUUUCUGGGAAUCGACCUCUGACAGUUAUCAUGCACACCAUUUUUCAGGAACGGGAUUUGUUAAAAACAUUCAAAAUUCCAGUAGAUACUUUAAUUACAUACCUGAUGACUCUAGAAGACCAUUACCAUGCUGAUGUGGCGUAUCACAACAACAUACAUGCCGCAGAUGUAGUUCAGUCCACUCAUGUGCUACUAUCCACGCCUGCUUUGGAGGCAGUGUUCACAGAUUUGGAGAUUCUUGCAGCAAUUUUUGCCAGUGCAAUACAUGAUGUGGAUCACCCUGGGGUUUCAAACCAGUUCCUGAUUAAUACAAAUUCUGAACUUGCCUUGAUGUACAAUGACUCAUCAGUCCUGGAGAACCACCAUUUAGCUGUGGGCUUCAAGUUGCUGCAGGAGGAAAAUUGUGACAUUUUCCAGAAUUUGACCAAAAAGCAAAGACAAUCAUUAAGAAAGAUGGUCAUUGACAUUGUACUUGCAACAGACAUGUCUAAACACAUGAAUCUACUGGCUGAUUUGAAAACGAUGGUUGAAACCAAGAAAGUUACAAGCUCUGGGGUUCUUCUUCUUGAUAAUUACUCAGAUAGGAUUCAGGUCCUACAGAAUAUGGUGCACUGUGCAGAUCUAAGCAAUCCAACGAAGCCUCUUCAGCUCUACCGCCAGUGGACAGACCGGAUAAUGGAGGAGUUCUUUCGCCAGGGAGACCGGGAACGGGAAAGGGGAAUGGAAAUAAGUCCCAUGUGUGACAAGCACAAUCCCUCGGUAGAAAAGUCACAGGUGGGAUUCAUAGACUACAUCGUUCAUCCUCUUUGGGAGACAUGGGCAGACCUCGUUCAUCCCGAUGCACAGGACAUCUUGGAUACAUUGGAGGACAAUCGUGAAUGGUACCAGAGCACAAUUCCUCAGAGCCCUUCUCCUGCCCCUGAUGACCAGGAGGAAGGCAGGCAAGGGCAGACUGAGAAAUUUCAGUUUGAACUGACUUUGGAGGAAGAUGGCGAGUCAGAUACAGAAAAGGACAGUGGCAGUCCGGUGGAGGAAGACACCAGUUGCAGUGACUCCAAAACUCUUUGUACUCAAGACUCGGAGUCCACUGAAAUCCCUCUUGAUGAGCAGGUGGAGGAGGAGGCAGUGGGGGAAGAAGAGGAGGAAGAGGGCCCGGCAGAACCUUGUGCAAUAGAAAAUGAGCAUUCCCCGGACACGUAACAAACAGUAUGAAGACUUUCACUUUCUCUUUUUUUUUUAAGGGAAAAAAAAGUAGAAAAUGGUUUCCAAAGUGCAUGUCACAUGCCACAACCAUGGUCACACCUCACUGUCAUCUGCCAGGACACGUUUGUCGAACAAAACUGAACCUGAUUACUCAGCUCGGCACUCAGGAAUAUUGUAAACAGGAUUUUCACCUCCAUGGCAUCAGAACAAGGGGGACGUCUUCAUGAAAAGCAUUUUAACAAGAUCUCAGCUUGGUAGAGCUGAUUCAGCAGCUAGGCUGCUCCACCAUGUUUUCGUGGGAGUAGAUUGCUUGUCAGCCAAAGGCUGAUACAGUUUGGGGUUUGUUCUUUUUUUGUUUAUUUUGCUUUGUUUUAAAAUAUUUUUGAAAAUAAGAUGGUAUUACAUGACAUGAAGUUUUGUGAAGUUUUUAGAAUACAGCCAGAGCAAACUGAGGUUCUAAUGGAGGAAACAAGGUGUGAUGAGACACAGCAGGAGUCUGUUACCAGGAGGAAGAUGAGCCGCAGAAAUUGCAAAAUUUUCUAAUUUCAAGUCUUCCUGUUAUAUAUGACUGAACAGUGUGGCUCAAAGGGCUACACUGACCUCUACAUUUUGUAUGAUAUGUAAAACAAGAUCUUUUGUAGAGCUUACUUUUAUUAAUAUUAAAUGUAUUGAGGUAUCCCCUAUUUAAAAAUAAUAUGUUCAGAACUUCAUCUGCCACUGGUUAUUUUUUCCCCCUAAGGAGUAACUUGCAAGUUUUCAGUACAGAUCUGUGCUACACUGGAUAAAUAAUUCUAAUUUAAUAUUUUUUUGCACCUUAGAGUUCAUAGCAAUUAACUUAUCUGUAGCAAUUCAUUGUUUUAUAUGCCAAUGACUUCCAUAAAAAACAAAAAUCUGAGUUGUAAUAGACCCUUGUGGUAAUUUUUUUCCCCCAAAUGAGCAGAAUUGUAACUCCCCUGAGCACUUCCCUUCAUAGUAGAGUGAGCAAACCUUGGUUGUGCAGCCCUUCAAUGGGCUCUCUAAUUUUUCUGAGAGCAAACCGCACAGAAACAUUAGUUGGUUGGUUGUGGAGCAAAGCUAGAGAUGUGCCUCCUGAGCUGUGUGUUAAACAAGACAUAGAGCCCUUCCUGAAAUGCACAAGAACCAUGCUUUAAAGUGGAUGAUGCUCCAUGCUUAUAUUCUGUCACAGCCAGCUACCAGUCCUUGGAUGGAGGCUUUGCUGUUGUCUCAGGCUCCUUCCAAACAUGUUGGAACCUUUGUCCAAGGCAAAUAGGAAAGGUCUGUCUGGUCAGGAUAGUAGAAUCAUUAUGCUUUAGAAGGAAGUUUGUUGGGUCAUGUUGCUCAGUUUUGUAUAUUGUUUGGAACUCAAAGGGAAGUCGUCAGGUUUCUAGAGAAAGGGGAUGACUAGUCAGCCGGCUAAGUGACUCAUUAGGAAUUUUAAAAGAAGUGUCUGUACGUUGGCAGGCCUAACUGAACCAGUACAGUUUGGUUUCUGUGACUUUUGCUGAAAGAUUUAAGGCCGCAUCAAUUUGAAUUGAGAGCUAAGAAAAAUUCGUAAAAGAUAUUUGCUACCUGCCAGAUUUCUUAAAUCCAUGCUAAAUGUAGGAAGGGGCUUCUACAUGGCCACAAAUGGCAAAGGCAGAAGAAAUCUACCAAUUCUUAGUUGUACCCCCUGAGAGAAGGGAGCUGGUGAUUCCUCUGGUUGGCGUUGUAUAUGGCCUAUUUGUCAGCAUUAACCCUUGGUGAAGGCAGAGAAGGAGCCAUAGGGUCUCAGAGAAGACAUUAAGGUCCUACUGUAGGACAUGAGAAAACAAAAGGUAUCUCUGCUUGGUCCUUGUUGCUUCAGCCCUUGGAAAUUUCACCGAGAUCUCUGAGAGGCUGAUAGAACUUGAAGGGGAGUUUAUAGUUUAAAAAAAAAGUCAAAUAAUUCUGGGGUUAUGGGUAUUCGAUAAACACCUUGGACUUCAAGCUGUUUUUAAAGAGGAUCUAUAAAUAGAUGGCCAAGAAAGGAGAAGGAAGAAUGAAGGAGCCCAGUGAUGGGAUAAGAAACAAAUAAAACAAAAUCCAACUGAACAAGGACCACCAUGAGAAGUCACAUCGCAGGCCUGAGGAAUAAUUCCAACAGUUUAUGUGCUAGCUGGGGCUGGGGCUAGGGCAGUGUCUCUCUGGCCUCCCUUCAGAGAGCCAUCCUGAUGUUUACAUAGCACCUUCUGGAUGAGAGAUUUCCCUGCAGUUGAUCACAGCCCCUUAAGUGAUUAUCAACCCUGUUCUUCACAUGUACCUCACCCCACAACAAUGACAAACAAAGCAAGGGUUCUCCAAUCUCACCCCCCUUUGAUCAGUGACUGCACCUAUAGCAUUUUGUUGUUGCUUUCUGUUUGGGCUUCAGAGUUUGAAAAAAAAGUCUUUCCUACUUACUGAAGGAAGGACAGGCGGAGCUUCCUCAUGAUCCUGUCUGUGGUUUCUUCUCUUUCCGGCACGUCCCUUUCAUCCCCAUAAUCCAUAGGGCUUUUCCCCCACAGAGUGCCUGUAAUUUUAAAGAAGCAAUAUAAGUACCUAAACAGGUACAGAUCUGAAACAAUUACAUAGCUGCACUAAAAGGAAAAAAAAGUACUUUUAAAAAUGCCCCCAUGCUGUGAAAGAGAACCACAGAUGGACAAUCAUACCUUUGAAAGGGCCUAACAACAUAGAGCUAGGGAUCUAAUGCAUCGUACAAUCCUCUUUAUCCCCCUUCUUGCCAAAGUGUGCUCUAACAUCAAAUGGCUACUUUAGGAGGAAAAAAAAAUAAUUCCUUCUAUCGGUGGCUUUCUUUUUUUUUAAAAUUCAUAAGAAAGGGGAACAUUUGGGUACUGUAUGGGGAAGAAAAGAAUCCAAGUUUGCCUAAAACCAGUACACUUUAGCUUGCAAGUUACUUAACACAGUAAUGCUAUUUUUAUUUUCAUUGUUUUCCUGGUGUUAUUGUUAAAAUUCAUGAUGCGAUAGUAUAGUAAGAACAAAUGGCAAAGAGAAAAAAAAAACUUGAAUGAAAUGGAUUUUACAGAAAGCUUUAUGGUAAUUUUUGAAUGCGUUAUUUAUUUUUUUUUUGUGCCAUACAUUUUUUUUCUCACCAAAUGACCUUACCUGUAAUACAGUCUUGUUUGUCUGUUUACAACCAUGUAUUUAUUGUAAUGUAUAUACUGUAAUGUUAAUUGUAAAUUAUCAGUUCUUAUUAAAACAUCCCCCAUGACUGGGUGGUGUUGGUAUAUUUGGAAACUCUUGGUGAGAGAACGAAUGGUGUGUAUACAUACUCCUUGUACAUGUUUUUCCCUCCUGUAACAUAGUCUCUGUCACCUUAGGGCUUGUUUAUGGAAGAUUCAAGGAAAACUAUAAAAUACAUAAAAGUUAUAUAAAUAAAUUUUUAAAAAGCUGCAGGUCUUUGGUCCCAGGGCUGUGCCUUAACUUUAAACAAUAUUUCUUCUGUUUUGCUGCAUUUGAAAGUAAGGUAACAGUGGGGCUAGGGCUGGGCAUUCCAACCAGGUUACUUUUAGCUGAUUGGAUUAUGAGCAAUAGCUGUUUUUUUUUUACAAAACCACAACCAACCUUGGCAAAUUUAACCCCCUUUUGACAUAUUAGCUUCUACUUGCAAAUGGAACAGCACUGUGGACACAAUUCUUCUGCUGUUGAUCAGGAACAAUUUCAAUCGGUCCCUUGAAACUAUUCACUUAUUUUAAAACACUACAAGAUGAACACACUAGAGAGCUAACAAUAAGAAACUUUCUUGACUUCAAUAGCACAUAGGAAAAUGAAUAUUAAGGGAAGUGAGAAUCACAAAUUAUACUUACAUAUAGCUAUUUAUUUUUUUCAUCUUCCAAGAGCUAUUAUUCUUUAACCACUGUUUCCUCAUACGGUAAAGAUUAUUAUUAUUAUUUUUUUAGCCCAGGAAUUUUCUCUAGUAAAUAGCAGCUUAACCUGUCCUUUUAUGUAUAUGAAUCUGUCUGCUCACAGAGGUUACAUAGAAUAGAAAUACACAGAGCAAAAAGGACUCAUCUUCAAGAUGUGUUUCAGUAUAGCUGGUAUUUUGAAAUUUUGGAAUUUAACCAUUUCUGGUGGCCGACUCCUGAGUGCUGCAUGAAUUUCCUAGUGUCAAAUGUGGGUAGCUCUUCUUCCUACCGCUAAUGCCCAGCCCUCAAAACAUGUGACUGUUCAGUGAAAGGAGAGAUUCUUUUUCAAGGAAAAACAGAGCCUCCUUUUUUGACACAAACUGUAGAUUUUAGCAGCCCUGGCCCAAAGGAAUUUGAUUACUUUUGUUUUAAACAGUAUAAAAGGGACACUAUAACUACAAAGAAACAAAAAAUCCUGGACAGUUUUCAUUGUUUUUAAUUUGGUUUUUCCUUUGGGUAUGUCUUCAGAGUGGCAACUUGUGUGUGAACAUUACAAAUGAUUCUCUUGUUUCUUAGCCUCUCUUACAGCCCAUGGGAUAGUACUGUACAUCAAAUACCUUCAUAUGAAAUUUUUAUAUGCAAUGAAAAUAAAAGCAUGGGUUGAUUCUGCCUAGCUAUUUAUGACUCUGUCUUUUGCAAAUAAAAGAUCAUUCUGUUUACAGUCA